UGCGCAUGCGCAGUCAGGUUGUCUUUGUGAACGUUUUUGUUUAGUUUAGUGAGGUAAAGGUGAGGACAGCACGCUGGAGGUAGCGGUCUAAAAACAUCUUCUCUACAACAUUUCUGCUGUAUCUGGGUGCAGGAGAAGACAUGGCUAAUAACUUGUCAGAAUCUCUGCCAGAGCUGACCUUUCAGUACCAAAGGAGCCUGCCUCCCCUGCCAGUACCGUCACUAGAAAUCAGCCUUUCUAAGUACCUGGAAGCAGUUCGUCCAUUCGCAUCUGAGGAAGAGUUUGAGGCUACAGUGGACAUUGUGAGGAAAUUCCAAAAUGGUGUUGGCAAACAGCUACACCAGAAACUACUGCAGAGAGCAAAGACAAAGAAGAACUGGCUGGAAGAAUGGUGGUUAGACACUGCAUAUCUGGAGCCCCGCAUACCCUCCCAGCUGAAUGUGAACGUUGGUGGGGCAGCGCCCUACCUGGAGCACUGUUGGCCUCCCGCAGAAGGAAUUUAUCUGCAGAGGGCCAGUGUUGUCACAUGGCAUACCCUGCAAUACUGGAACCUGCUCCGUAUGGAGCGGCUGGCUCCUCAAAAAUCUGGCAAAACAGUGUUGGAUAUGGACCAAUUCAGGAUGUUAUUCUGCACCUGCAAAGUCCCUGGAGUUCAGAAGGACACUCUUCAUAACUACUUCAAGACAGAGCGAGAGGGUCCCUGCCCCUCUCAUAUAGUAGUGAUGUGUCGUGGACGGAUCUUCACUUUUGAUGCACUAUGUGAUGGACAAAUCCUCACUCCUCCAGAAGUUCUCAGGCAGCUGAGCUAUGUGAAGGAGAGAUGUGAGGGAGAGCCAGAGGGACAUGGAGUGGCCGCUCUCACCUCAGAGGAGAGGACUCGCUGGGCAAAGACCAGGGAGCAUUUGAUAAGCAUUGAUCCACACAAUAAGACCGUCCUGGAGACCAUCCAGAGCAGCCUGUUUGUCCUAUCUCUGGAUGAAACCAAACCCUACUCCACUCCAGAGAAUUACACAAAUAUGGCCCAGGCAGCCCUUACAGGUGACCCAACCAUCCGCUGGGGAGACAAAUCAUACAACUUUUUUGUGUUCUCAGAUGGCACUUUUGGAUCCAAUUGUGAUCAUGCACCAUAUGAUGCCAUGGUACUGGUAUUAUUCUGUUGGUAUAUGGACCAGCAAAUUAGAUCUACAGAUGGCAAAUGGAAGGGCUCAGAUGUAGUCCGACCCAUGUCCCUUCCCGAGGAGCUGGUGUUUACUGUGGAUGAAAAAGUCCAGAGUGACAUCAGCCAUGCCAAGCAGCAAUACCUGGAGUCGGCACAGGACCUGCAGGUUGUGAGUUACACCUUCAUAGCAUUUGGGAAAACAGCCAUCAAACAGAGGAAGCUACACCCUGACACCUUUGUUCAGCUGGCAAUGCAGUUUGCCUACUACAGACUGCACAAAAGGCCUGGUAGUUGUUAUGAAACAGCAAUGACCCGCAGGUUCUACCAUGGCAGGACGGAGACAAUAAGACCCUGCACCCAGGAGGCUGUGAACUGGUGUAAAGCCAUGAUCGACCCCACGUGCAGUGUUAAUGCCAAGAGGAAAGCCAUGCUGAAGGCCUUCAGUAAACACAACACACUGAUGGCUGAAGCCCAGGAAGGGAAAGGUUUUGAUCGGCAUCUCCUUGGUCUGUAUCUUAUUGCAAAGGAACAGGGACUUCCCACUCCGGAGCUCUUCAUGGAUCCCCUCUACACAAAGAGUGGGGGUGGUGGUAACUUUGUGCUGUCGACCAGCCUGACAGGCUACUUUACGGGUCUGGGGGGCCAGGCCCCCGGGGGCUACGGCUUCUUCUACAACAUCAGAGAUGACAGGAUUGUGGUCUCCAUCACAACAUGGAAAUCUUGCCAUCAGACAGAUGCUGCGUCAAUGUUCAACAGCUUCAGUAGCUCCUUGCACGAGAUGCUCCACCUGGCUACCACAUCUCAGCUAUAAGUACCCACAGCAAACACUGGACAGGCUAAUUUACAUAUUUACUGUAUCUCUUAGCUCUUUGCCCUUGUUUGAGCAUUAAUGCUCAUACAGUUCACAAACCCUCUGUCAUCAGCCAACAGCUGGUGAUAGUUGCAUUUAUUCUCAGCACUAAUUAAUGCAAUGGUACGGAACAGUACCACAAGUUAUCUUCAGAUUGUGGCAUUUUACUUUAAUUACAACUCUUCUGUUUUGUUGAUCUGUUGAAUGAGAUUUUUUUUUUUUUUUUUUUUUACAGUAAAU